GUAAGCACUUGACACGGUUUUGUACCAGAUAGCAGGCCGAGUAACAGCUAAUACCUCUAAACAUGAGUAUUUCUAUCACAAGCACGCUUUACAAGAAAAAUGAAGGCAAGAAGUGCUUCAGAGCCCAGAGGACAUAUGAUUAUCUUUACGAUCCAGUUUUCACCGUGUCGACGGAGACUGAUCACAUCCGGCAGAGCUGUCAGGCUCAGAGCAGUGUGACCCGUGUGAAAAAGGUUUCAGAGUUUAACUCCAUGUUCAGUGAUCUCCCACACCACCCACGUUUCACAUUCCGUCUAAACGCUGCUGAUCCUGUUCCUGCUUUCAUCGACCGCCGCUGGAGAGGACAUGCUGAGCAGAGGAGAGAGACACUGCAGACACUAGCAGGGGUGCUGCCGGGUGUUCAGCUGCACAAACCUAAACGUGAGGAUCUGACUGGAGCAGACCGCUGGAAGUUCUUUAAGCGUCCACUCAUCCCCUUUGCUCAACAGAUUCCAGCUGAUGUUAUUUUCGCAUUACCCAAAAGUGACUCCCACAAUGCUCAGCAGGAUAGCUCAGAACUGAUGGAAAGUUCUUUCCAGCGCACAGUAGGGGUUCAGACAGACUACCGUGAGAGCGAGACUCAGACAGAUCCUUACAGCCCUGAGUACAUACUACAGCCAGGAGCGGCCAUUCCAGAAAUCCUCACUCUGGCCACUUUCUCUUGGGGUCAUGGGCUUCCUGCUGGCCUGGACGAGGUGGAGAUGAUCGAAAGAGCGAGGAAGAAGAGAGCCUGGGAGGCCACAUUACCACCUCUGACUGAUCUCACUCAGCUGGACAAGAGGAAGAGGAUGAUGGAUGAGAUGGAGAGGAAGGAGUGGGCUUUCCGAGAGCAGGAGAUUGAAAAGCUGCAAGAGACUCGUUUGGCUCUCCUCAUGCGUUUUUUACGGGAGAGAGAGUCACAACAGGAGAAGGUCACAGAGCAGAGGCUGGAUGAGCAUUUUUCCAAGCUGCAGAGAGAGAAAGAAAAACAUGUCCAGAAAAUAUGCAAUGACUAUACACGCUCUUUACGUAAACUCAAUGCAAAGAGACAGAGUUUGGAAGAGAAGCUGACGAGACAAGACAUUAUCAACAAGCACUCAGACUACGGCUCUCAGACGUACGCUCCACUCUCACGCCACGGAGUCUUCCCUGAUCGACAAUCACAGAGCAACGUCGUCAAGAGCUGCUUCCUCGAUACCUACCAAGGUCUGUUAGAGCUGGAGACAGGUCUUCCACCUUCAGUCAUGGAGCCACAAAUAAAAGCCCCAAGGUCAAAAAAGAACAAAGCCUUCAUCAGUCGCUCAGACCGCAGAGAUAUUUUGUUAUUGGAAACUCACCAGGCACUGAAAGACAAGAAGGUCCAGGUGGAGGAAAAGAAGCCCCUACGCUUCCUUUAUAGGGUGGAGAAACCGGUCCCUCGUCCCCCAACGCCCACGGUGGACGUGCCUCCUGAGGGAGACGAGGAAAAGGAGCUUGCUGUGAUUUUCCUACAGAAGUUGCUCCGAGGCAGAUCCAUCCAGAACCAGAUGCUGGAAGGUCUAGAGAAGCACCAGGAACUGAUCCAGGAGCUGCGAACGAACCACACCUUACAGUGGGAGGAGCAAGAACUCCAGAGAGAAGAGAAGCAGGUCACACAGGCCCUGCAGAGACAGAGAGAGGAGCGUGAGAGCAGACUGGCUCAGACACAGAGCUAUGUAGACGGCAUUUCCGGGGAAGUGAUUGUCGACAUGCUGGACUUCCUGUCGAAGGAGCUGGUUCGCCUGCAGGAGGAAAGGAGGAUCCAUGCUUUCGUGCUGCUGGCAGAAAGGGACCGGCGCCUUCGUGAGGCUGAAGAGAGUGGGCGGAGACAGGUGGAGGAGCGGAGACAGAGAGAGGAGGAUGAGAUCUUCAGACAGAUGAUGAAGGUGCACCAGGUCACAGUGGAUCUGUACCUGGAGGAUGUCAUCCUGGAGAGCAUCGAUCAAACCGCUGAAGCUCAGGCCAGAGAAGAGAUCCACAAGUUUGCAGACGAGCUCAACAACAUCACCUAUGCCAUGGAGGAAAUGAGAAACAAUGAGCAGUCAGAGGAGAUUGUAGCUCAACUUGUGUACAGCUUCCUCAUCCCUGAAGUAAACAAGCUCACUGCCCAUGAUAGAGUGAAACAGAGUCAAAGGAGGCACUUGACUGCUGCACGUACUCUCAUCCAUGGCACUCACAGCUCUUCCAUAAGCCCCCGGCCUCUUUCUCCCACAAGCAGAGCCUCUACCUCACUGCUCUGUCAGAUAAUUGAGCAGGUGGAGGAUGCUUCACAUGACAGCAGUGACAAUCAAGAGAACGAACACACUGAUUAGUGAUCAUCGAGAAAGAGCUACACUUUAUAGCUAAUUAUUUAUGGACAUCUGACCAUCACUUCCAUAUUUAUUUACUGUAGAUUUAUAGAUUUAAUUCCCUUUUCUUAUAACCUUCACUAUUUCUGAGAAGACUUUCCCAUAGAUACCAAAGACCAUUAGUCUUGGGUAUCUUAGCACUGAUGCCAAGUGAGGAGGGCUGGAGUGCAGUCUGCAUUUCGGUUCAUCCCAAACGUUUUUUCAAAAAGGUUCAGGUCAGGGCUCUGUGCAGGAUACUUGAGUUUUUCCACUCCAUUCUUGCUACUGCUAAAACCCUGUAUUCAUCUACUGUGCUUUGUGCACAGGGGCAUUGUCAUGCUGGAAGUGGUUUAAGCCUCUUAGUUCAAGGGAAAUUGUAAUGCGACAUAAUACAAAGACAUCCUACACAAAUGUGUGCUUCCAACCUUGUGGCUAAAAUAACCACAUGGAUGUGAUGGUCAGGUGUCCAGAAAUGUUUGGCCAUAUAGUGUAUUGUUUCAAAUUGACAUUAUUUUAUUCAUAUAUUUUUUUUUCUUGAAUGCUGUUGUGUUCACUGCGGUGACUUGUGGAGACUUUUAAAUACCAGAAUCAGUGUCACAUCUGAGUGCCACCACCCUGUGCGGGGCUCGAACCCGGACCUCCGUGGUGGUGUGUGCGCCGGCACACCAUGGAGACAGACCCAUAUGCAGCAUUCCAAGAAUCACAGCUUUUACUCACGUAGACAGACAGAGAUGGGGAAGACUAAUCUAAUCACAUAGACUAACAUAACACUAACUAAACGGAGACCUUUAACAUAAACUAAGACAUGACUUUAAAGCCUUGUUCACACUACAGGAUCUUAAGCCAGAUUUGCAAAUUAACGAGCUCGCCGACAGAUCGGGUUGUGAUCGUGGGAAAAUCAGUGGGUGAUCAGCGCUCGACAAUCUUUGUGUGAACUACUCACCGACGCAUCAAAGAGACUCGCUGACACGUCGCUGACACCUUGCAGACAAAAUCCAGAUAUCUGGCAUGUUAAAUAUCUGGGACGGUCGGCCGACUCGACAUCACGUGGUGUCAGUUAUAGCUACAACCUCCAGCCAAUGAGAGAGCAAGUCAACAGGUUGAGGUCAUCGGAAGAAAAGCAGCAGCAGCAACAUGGCUUCAAAAAUAGUGUGGAAACAACAUUUAUUUUAAUAAAUUAACAUUUAUUUAGAGUGAGACUCCUGCCGACGUCCAUUUUCAAAACAAACCUCUACCGACAGUCUCGCGUCAUUUCCGGAUCCACCUGUCGUGUGUGUUUUCGUGACAAAACGUGGUUUGGGGACGGCGUUGAGUGACAAGAGUUGUUGUCAGAUUGUGUGGUGUGCGAUCCCCUCUUGUGGAUCAUUUACAAAGUGUUGCGUAGUGUGAACACCACAAGGACAAAAAGACAUACAAGUGAAGUCAUGUAGUCUGAACAGCAAAGUGAUCUGCCGACAGUUAAAGUCUUGUAGUGUGACCAAGCCUUAACCAGGACAUAGUACAUGAAACACUGAACAAUAAACAAUGACAGGUACACAAGGACCCCUAUUUAAAGGGCUACACGUUAUGGUUAAUUGGGAACAGGUGACACAACAGGGUAGGAGAACAAUGGGAAAGGCAUGGCACAAAAUACACACAAAGAAGCAGGCCUCCAAGGUUCACAAGUGCCUGUCCAGCUAUUCCUGACAAUCAGUCACCAAAUAAAACAGUUCAUAUAGCAA